AACUAUAGCGUCGAUCGCCGCCAUUGGUAACGAUCAAAACAAACAAAGUGACUGUGAAAGCGGCCCUAUAUAUAGACCAUUCAUUCUGGGGGGAGCUACUCUUCAAAUACUGCUGCCGUCUAAGGGUUAAUGAACAAAAGUAUUCCACUGAAAGGCAGAGGUUCUAGAAUGCAUGAAGAGGACAAUGUGCCCCGAGGAAUGGUGGCGUAGUCAGCUGUUGUUGCAGAUCGGCGCAGCGUUGUUGGUGUUAGGGCCGGCGGGGGGGCUGGUGCGGCGGGCAGAGGCAGUGGUGGCCUAUAGCACACAGAAUGAGCCCUCCAUCUCCCUGGAAGAGCUCCCCAAUCAAAAGCUAGAGACUUUCCCGGAACUAUGGCGUGGGAUAUUUCUUUGGGGAUUCUUCUCCAUACUGUUAAUUCACAUUGUGUCUGCCAUCAUUGCCUUCCUGAUGCUGAGACGACAUAAGUAUGGAAGGUUCUCGGCAGCGUGCGUGCUGCUGUUCGGCAUGUGCACCGCCUUUGUGAUGUGUGCGGCCACUAGCGCUGCCGUCGGCUUCGUGCUGUACCAGGCCAAGAUUACGCUGCAGCCCAUACAGGCCAUGAUGUGUGGCAUAGCACAGACUGCCCUCCUCAUUCUCUUCUCCUUCUCUAAAGUUAUCAUGCCCACCCUGUAAUGGGAAUGUCUUUUCCUUGGGGUGUGAGUUACCAAGUACCAAGGUAUUAUUUACAGGUUCACUGAUGUGGGCAAAAUCUCUCUCUUCUAUGGAGUACAAUGUUAUGAAUCAAUUUGAAGGCCACCUAUGAUAACAGCUCAAGAGAAUGGAAAAUUAGAAUAUGUUUGUACUUGGCAACUCGGCCUCCAAGUAAAAACAGUCCAAUUACUGUAUUUUUAAAGUAAAAGUUGGCUCUUCACAAGGCCAUGACAUGUUUAAUAUUACUGAGAAAUAAAUGUUACCCCACAAGAAA